UUCAUCAUCAACGGGUCGGUUAAUCAGGGUUGUUAUGUGUUUCUCACAUCCGCUGUAGAUAUCCCUAAUUGCUGGUAUGAGGGUCAGGUGAAUAAUCAGUUAAUGAUUAAGUUUUCACGGGAAAAAAUUCGUUGAUCUGCUUAUUAAAGUAGUUCGCCUGACACUCUCCUGCCCAAUCCCGAAGUUGCUAACUAUCGGUACCUUUUGGCGUCCCCGUCGUAAAAGUCGUUCUUUAAUUUUAUUUGAAAAUGAACCACCGGUUCAAGACGUUGUUGUUGCUACUUAUAGCUUCCUUCGUAUCCGUAUCAUUUUUCUAUUGGUCUUAUCCGUCGUGGUCAAACCUUGUUCCCAUUCCUUUUGUGAAUGGCGAUUUAAUUCAGUCAGAAAAUGCAGUUUCAGGAAUGACAACAUUCAAUGCACCAAAGUAUCGUCCCCUCGAUUACGCAACACCAAAAUCACAUGAAAUCGUAAUUCUGUUGGCUAGUGAUGGUCAUACUUCGAAUGGAAAUGGAGCCAGCUUCUUUCAAGAAUGCAUCGACAACAGAAUUGCAUACGCCAAAGAACACAAUUAUGCAUUUGAGUUUGUAAACGUUUCCAGCAUGCCAAUUCCUCCUGUUUGGGCUAAAAUGCCUGCCAUUCUCGCGACCAUGGACAAGUAUCCACAGGCGAAAUGGAUUUGGUGGCUCGAUCAGGACGCCAUUAUUAUGAAUAAAAAACUGUCAUUACAAGAUCACUUACUAUCAAAAAAAGCAUUGCGUCGCAGCUUGUUGCGGAAUCAGCACUACCUCAACAACCAGGAUGCAACGGAAACUCAUCUGGUUACCCCGUCUGAAUAUUCAGACGCAGAUCUAGAUAAGGUAGGUCUCAUUAUUUCCCGCGACUUGAACGGAUUGAAUGCUGGAAGCUUUUUUGUUCGCGUCAAUCCGAUUAUGCGUAUGUUUGUUGAUGUAUGGUCGGACAAGGCAUACCGUGAAAAUAAAGUGUCUGAGAAUGAGCAAUCACUGCUGGGUUAUUUGAUGAAGAAUCAUCCUGAAAUGGCUUCAUAUGUUGGUUUCGUACCUCAAAAAAUGAUCAAUUCAUACGAUGCGUCUGAAGAUGUUCAACGUUAUACCCAAGGUGAUCUUCUUAUUCACUUUGCUGGUUGCUGGGUCGAAAAUCGAUGUGAGAGAAUUUGGCGCCAGUACUAUGAUGAAAUGAAAUUGAAUUGGAACCUUUGAGAACAGUUCCUCGAGGGGCGAUGUUAGCGUCGCCUUCGUUUGGUUUUUUCUUUACUAAUCAAACACUAAAGCCGUACACAAAUCCCAUAAUCCAGGGAUAUGUUAGCGGAUGCGAAUGACUUCAGCUGAACAAAAUUUUAUUUGGAGUAUGAGUUUUUAUAUUUGUUAUUUAUAUUACCGACUCUAUUUCUACGAAACCCGAAAGCCAUAUGCUGGUCAUUGGCAUUUAUUAGUUAGCAAUAACCAAAAGGUAAAAAUAAAAGGAGCAUCACUAACAAAGUAAGUUUGCUUAUUCAACAAUAAAAACCGAUUAAUUAAAGAACAAC